AAAGUAAAUUUGAUGUGGCGUAACGGUUGGACCGGGAUACCGAGGUCCUUGGAAACGACGAUGCUCCAGUCGAUGCGAUUAUCUGAAAAAGUAUCUAUUGCGUAAUUGUUCGCAAAGUGGCAACAGGAGAGGGGCAGUGACGGUAGCGGGAAACGCAUCGUACGAUGAGCAUGUUAUCCGAUUCACGGUGGGUCAAAGAACAUCUUGUUGGUCCAGACGCGGGGAGUCUGAUCGAGAAUACACUUAGUGCACUCGGUCAAAAUAAGAAAGCUGGCUGUAGAUGCUUUCCUGUGUUGCUUUGAUCGGGAACGUAAAAAGAGGAGCACCUGACCAAAGAGCUGUCUCACGGGAAGAAAAGCAUCGUCGUAACGGAGUCUGCGUGUUACAACGACGACACUCAGGGAAACGGCGAGGGACGAAGAAGAGGAUGGAGCCACGGCCUGGUGGGGGUAGAUCAGAGGGAGAGGAUGGUGGAAGCGAAAUCUGGCCUCAGUCGUGCGCGACGCGCCAUAUGCGGUGGACCAUUUGUCAAGGCGCUCACAAAGGCCAAUAAUCUCGCGUGACACGUGUGAUUCCCCGAUAAAAAGUGUCACGUGCUGGCUGCACACCCCUCUACGACCGGAGGCGAGUAAGCCCCCACCAUCAUCACCCCGCGAAACUUCACGGAAAAACUUUUUCCCUCGAAGCCGCUCGACAAUUUCGUUCCAGUGUCGAACAGAGAGCGGUGUGUCUCGAAGCUCAGCCGUAUUUUUUUCUCGCGAUUGAAUCGUCCGUAGAAAACUAAUCUUUCCUCGGAGGAAACCGAAGAGCAAAAAAAGGAAACAGAACGAAGGGUGAAAGAGAGGUGAAAUACCUUUGGUGCGGUGGAACAACGCUACACUUAUUCGACCAGGGCCCUUUCCGAACGAACGCCGAUCGAACUUCCAGAGAAAAGUUUGGACCCUUGGUGCCGGACGCAAUGUCGCUGCCAAACGUAAAAGCUUAGCACUCGGACAAGAUUGAAAAAGUGGCACGAGACGAUCGCGUAGGACGAACAAGGGUAGGCGCCUUUUUUCCCUUCCGACAUACGCGAAGUUCGAUUAAACGAAAAUCUAUACUGGCAGUCUAUCAAAGCGAAAGUGAAACGAAGAUUUACGUUCGAUAUAAUCGAAGCUCGUUCACGAUGGAAUCGGUGUGAUCGAGCGUAACACAACACAUCAGGUUGACGUUUAAUGCAAAUCGCUCUUUUUUUCCACGGUAUCUGCUGCUACACGUUGAUCGUGUGUGUAACGCGUUCCGACGCGCGAUCCCUGAUGGACAAUCGACGAGGAUCUCGUUAAGGACGACCGGUGGAAAGAAGCGAAGAAAUUUAUGGUGCGACGAUCAGAGAAGGUGUUAUCAGCCAGGUGAUAAGCACCCUUGCACCGACUGUGAAGCCGAGCACGCUGACACGAGCGUUCUUCUCGCUCUUUUUUCACCGUUUCCCCGCAUCCUUGUAUUCCACGGCUUGGUGUCGACUCGGAGGGUGGCCUGUGCUGUGCGGUCCUCGAGCCGGAACACGGAAGCCUUCGCGGCGUGCACCGUUGAAAACGCGCCGGGGGAUGAUAGAAGAUGAGCGCGACCGGUGAAGGAGGGGCGAGAGAAGAGUGAAGGCAGCCACCGAGAAAGCUAUCCGGAACAACGAAGAUGAGAUGGGAUGCCGCGCUCUACCUACUUUCUCUGCUGCUCUUCUCCUUGGCCAAUCUUUGCUGGGCUCUCGUCGAAACUCGAGGAUGCAAUCGCACUGUCAGGAAUUCCGUUGGAUGGAUACGAUGGACGGGACGAAUGGGACGAUGUAUUAUUCGCAUCAGAGCGCCUCCUAGAGAUCCUCAGGUGAUCGAGUUAAAAGUUAGGAGGUUGCAAGUUGGUUUCCUGAAAGAAACCAGAUGCGAAGGCGCUUACGUUCAAUUCUCUGAUGGCAGCGAGGAUCUUGAGGAUGAAACAGGACGUUACUGCGGCUAUGUGAGUGGCAACACAACCAGGCUGUUCCUGCGAAAGGGACCGAAUUUAACGAUCAUAAUGGACUCGGACGUAAAGUUCGCCGCCGAAAAUCCGGUGAUCUUCUCCGCCCAGUUUUCCAUACUACCUGCCCAGCUGGCCGCCGAACGGCAUCGUGGAUUCUCCCCGUCCUCUUCGACAGAAUGCCCAUUGGAGUGCGCCGUGAGGAAUGAUCGAAGGUCCUGCAGGCUCGCAUCCCCGGGUUAUCCGGGCGUGUAUCCACGUGGUAUCAAAUGUAGGAUUGCUCUGGAGUCGAGCGCGGGUCGCUUUAAAAUCGGCGGACAACCGGACGACCUUUUCGACCUGAUGAACCGUACGUCGCAGGACGGUUGCCAGACGGAGAACUGCGAACAGCACGUUGAGAUCGUGGCGGAAGUGACGAAGACGAGGGUCGCCAGAUCGAAAGACGGACGAUCUCUAACGGAAGAGGUUCCGGUUGAAAGGCGAGCGAGAAGGAGCCCGGAUCACGACGAGGAGGUGGAAUUUAUCAUUGGGCAAACGUCGCACAAGACCAGGAGAGGCAGAAAUAAUCGAAGAAGACUUAAGAAAGCCAAAAAGGAAGCGGACGGAUCAAAGGGUCCGCGCGGCAAUUCCCAUGGAAAAGCAGCGAACGGGGAUAUCCGGAGAAAUAUCGGCCGUCCAAAAGAGAUCACUGAACAGUCUUCAGCAGACGCGUUCCACGGCUCGAGGAGCAGCUUCAGGCAUUCCGGUGGCUAUCGCGAUCAAGGAAUCCGGCUAGAAUCUAUCCAGAAGAGACUUCGUCACCCGCAGCGCGUCCAUAAGAAGUCCAUGGAUUCGAUAAGCUCAAAAAAGAAUUUCGAUCAUGAUCUAAGAGAUAUAUCGGAUGCGAGGAUUCUACCCGACGGGUUGGGACACGAGAUUGCAAGGAAAGGCUUGAGCCAGGAAAAGAUCACCGCGUUACAGGUUCCCGACUACAGAUACGCAAAGAAGAGUCGAAUACCAGAAAAAUUAGCAAGCACCAGUUGCGUGGGCGAUUAUCUGGCGUUGCUGGAGAACGUGGACGGAAAGAUCUUUGAAAUUUUCAAGUUCUGCGGAGAGGGUCACGUUCCACGGAUCCUUUCGAAAGGAAGGAGCAUUAUCGUGGAGUUCUUUGCGGAACAGGACGGCACUAUAAUGCACGACGGGUUCCAGUUGUCGUUUCAGGAAACGGAAGAGGCGCCCGGCGUGAAACACGAUCGAAAUUGCGAGUUCGUUUACAAAAGUACGGAACGAACCAGGGAAAAUAUCAAGUCGUUGCAGAGCUGGUAUCCGCCGAAUACUUUGUGCAGUUACAAAUUUAUGGGCAGAUCGUCGGAAAAGAUCUCCGUUCAUAUGAAGAUAAUCAGGAACGAGCCGGACCAGGAAUACGCUUCGCAGAAACGGAACUUCAGCCUGAAUUACUGCUCCGGAAACGAGAUUGCGGUUUACAAUGGGAUCGAGGUGAACAACAGCGUCUUGAUGUGGUCUUACUGCGAUGUGUCCCACCAGGAUAUUAAUAACAUUCAAGUUCCUCUCACCUCCAGCGGAAAUGAAUUGUUAAUACAAUAUUAUAGCGCGAAGGGCUCGUACGAUGGGCAAGAAUUCACUUACACGAUAUCCUACAGGUUCAUAAAGAAAUCGCAGAAUUCUACCACUAGACGUCAAGUCCAGGACGAUUUCAAGCUGAUCUCUCUCAGGCCGGUAAACUUUUCAGCGUUGAACUUCAACGAAAGUGAGAAUUGCAACUGCGAUUUCGGCGACAGAAUCGGCAGCUUUAAAAACUGGUUUAUGGUACUCGUUGUCUUAGGAAUAGUCUCGUUUCUCGGUGCCAUCCUCACUAUAAUAGCUCUCCUUGCCAAAUGCAUCAAAAUGCGAUCGAUGGAGAAGAAACUGCUGCAGACUCCGAAACUAUAAGCCCGAUCAAAUUUUGUACGAUUUUCUAUCUGUUCGAAUAAAACGAUUUUUUUUACAAGCGAAAAUAGAUUUAGAUCUACGCAUGUGCUCACUUGAUCCACAUUUGGACAUCUACAUUUAUUUAUCGAUUGUUGCAAUGUGAUUAAAAUUUGGCCGGAUGUAAUGAUCUUCAAAUCUUUACAACUCGAAUCAAAAUUGAAUUUGGAAUUGAAGAAUUUGGAAUUGAAAUAGAUAUCGCAGAUAUUUCUCUUGAUAUAACUUAAUCUAUACGUUGCAUUAUUUUUGUCGGAGGAGUUUCUUCUUAAGUUACUAUUUUUUAAUAAAAAUAUUUCUAUCUUGAUUUAUAUUCAAAUUAUAUCUAACGACAGUUCUUGAUAUUCACGUUUCUCGUUCUUUUCCUGCGAUUUUAGUCAACUUUGCAUUCACCGAACAAAUUUUCAUUCAAGAUAGGUUUUAUUAAAAAUAGAUGAAAAUGUAUAUACAACAAUCCAUGGAAAGGAAGAAAUAUAAUGGCAGCACAAGAUACAAAAACAACUACUACUUUUGUAACUUUGUUCUAUACUUGUCACAUUCUCAUUUUCGUUCGUUAAUUUUUCCUUUAAUUUCCACUUUCGAUAUCAAGAGAAAUUAUGUCUCAAAAAAUAUAAUUUUAUUUCAUGCUCUAUAAUUAAACCUGAAAAUAUAACUAGUCGUACAAUUAAGAACAAAUCGUAUGAUGCUAAAGCAAUCGAGCAUCUUGUUCGAAUCAAAAAAUAUCGCCUAAAAGGUCAAGGUCUCACCGAGAUUUGAACUCGGAUCGCUGGAUUCAGAGUCCAGAGUGCUAGCCGUUACACCAUGAGACCUUGAGAAUUUUUUUACAGAAAUUAGAAUAGUAUGCAUGUGUAAGUAAGUGCAUACUUUACACGUUUUUAUAAUGAAUUAACAUCGAGAAAUAUAAAUGACAAUUGUGAUCGACGCAAUGGCCAAGUCGAUCAAGCAUAAAAUUCCAUCAAACUGCGAACAUGUAAAUACGGAUGAUCCUCGACAUACAUAUCUAAUUAGAAAAACAUAAGAAAAUCAAAUUGUUGACGUGGAAAUGAGAGAAAACGAACGAAAGAGCGUGCGAAGUAGAUAUAAAUACAUACGAUAAAAAUUAUUAUACUUUGAUAGGAGAUCUAAGGAAAUAUCAUCGCUUGAGGAGAAAGCUUUAAAAAAUUUUUUUUACCGAUAACAAUAAGGACUAAUUGUACGGUCGUUGCGGACGCUAAUAUAUACCGUUAUAAAUGUUAUUUUGCAUAAAAGAAUAAACGUCGCUUCUGUACAAUAUGAUAAUUAAUCAAGGGGAAAGUCCAUGUAAUAUAAAGCAUUCUUCGUUGAAUAAAUUGCUGUAUUAUAAACACUUCCUAUAUCAUCAAAUGCUAUUGAUUCUCAUUGUUGGAUCUGAAGUCAAAGAUAGAGGUUUCUUCGUGCAUAAAUUACGAUUAUUCGGUGCUCGAGUCAAACCUUGAAUAUUCAGAUCUCAGUUGAAUGAAUGAAAAUUGCUUAGGAUGUAUUAGUAAAUUGUCCUAAGCAAUUAGCAAACAUGAAAGAAUUAGCGUCAAUUGUACAUAAUAAUUUACCAUAAUGGAAUGAGAGGACAGACAUAUUUCUGUGUUGCAAUGAAAGUUGAAGCUGUAGAAAGAUAUUGUUAUAUAAGCAAAUCUUAAAGCAAAAAUACACAAAGAAAGAAAAAAUGCAAAAAUUAACAAAUCGUACAGACUAGUAAAAUCAGAACAUUGAAUCCUAAUUCUACUCUCAGCGGCAUACCAGAAUCAAAGAUAUCAAAGAGUACGUUUUUAUUGUUGCGAUCGUGAGCAAUUCAAGUAAUUUCGCGAGCAAACUUUAACGAUAUAAUGUGGACAGAAUGGAGGUUCAAAUCAAAAUAUUUAAUUAUAAUUAUAUUUCAAGCGACAAAGAGUUAUGAGAAAAUCAUAAGUAGAUGUGCUUGGAAACGGGAUGAAAUACGUGCGAACGAAACACUUGGGGGUGUAAUAUCGUCCGACAUAAACUAUCGCCCUGCUUAUUGCAUCUUGUGAUGAAAUUGCAAUGUUACAUAUAAAGAGGAAAGAUAAUCACAAAACAAUAUCACAUAAGAGAUUAGCUAAGUAACCACUUGAGAGGAGUAAUCUCUUAAGUUAUCUGUAUUCAUAAUUUUUGCAAUUCACAAUUUAUAAUACAUAAAAUAAACGAGCUACAUCGUUAACAAAUAUGAAAAUUAAAAAAUUUCUUAGGCAGACUUAAGAUUUAAGAAGACAAAAAUGAUCGCUAAUCAUAUGUAAAAUGUUUUGCUAAAUGUAAAACAAGAUUUCCUCGUUGUUCUUAACAUAGAUUAUAUUUCAUUUUUUAUCACUUACGAAUUAUUUAAAUUAAUUAACUAAUGCAAUAGUACGGCUAUUGUUAAAAGCGAUAGCAGAAAGAUUAAAAUAUUAUCGCUGAAUAACUAAGAUUUUAGUAUUAUAGUUAUAACCGCUAUUAAAAAAUUGUACAACAUUUCAACAAAAUUGGAUUAAACGAGAUGCCGUUAACGAGAUAUUUUUUCUUUAAAUUCAAAUGAUGAUUUAAAAGAUGUAAUAACAAAAUGUUUGUUUUUUAAUUUGUUUAUAUAUAGAAUAAACUCUUUCUGGCAUCACACUUCGAGGUAUUAUAAUGUCGUUUUAAAAAUCUCCAUUUUAAUUUAUACAGGUGCUUCGUUUAUGAAAAUGGUAACUUUUCCAUUAAACCGCAAUCUACCUACAUUAAUUUAAGAGCAGUUUCGGUGAACGCAUAAUGCGGGACACAAUGAAGCAUUCGCACUGACAGUAAUUGGACGUUGCGCAAGCAAUGAUUUACCGGAAAUAUAUUACAUUGGCUAAGUCAAGGCAUGAAUCAGCACUUAUUCGUGUAUUUUGCCCAUGUUUCAUAAAGCAACGAGCAAAAAAAGUGAACAAGCGACACAGCUGCGGUGCCAAACAAUAAUUUGUUAAAAUGUUCCUACUCGUUUCGUACACGAAAUAUCGCGAGAAUGUUAUCGAAUGUAGAUCUCUAAGUAUUAAUUUUUAUUAUCCUCGCAUAUUCACGUAUCUCCGUCGAAUACUAAAUUGAUCUACAUUUAUAACAAUGGAACGUAUUUUUGUAAAAAAAGAGAAAAGAAAAAUAAAAAAUAAUAAUGAGAAAAGCAACUUGUAAAUGUGAUAAAUAUUUAAUCGAAUUGUAAGCCCACUAACAGUAAGCGAUCUACAAUAUGUAAUAGCAUCAAAAUGUUCGAACGAUGUGUAACUGUAUCAAGUGAAAUGAAAACACUUCAUAAUAAAAACAAAAGUAUUGCUAAUUGUA